AUGGCGGCGGCGGCGGCGGCGGCGGCGGAGGUGGAUGAGCCGUGCUGCAUCUCGCACGCCUUCGACCGCGCCGCGCGCCGGGACCCCGCCCGGCUCGCCGUCGUCCACGCAGGCGACGGCGGGCGCCGCUUCGCCUGCGGCGACCUCCUCUGCGCCGUCUCCUCGCUCUCCCGCCGCAUAGCCGCCGCGCUUCCUCGCCCUUCCACCGACCAUCCCGGCGACGACGAGUCCCCAGGCUGCUCGGAUCGACAGAGGGGAGGCGCCGGCGCGACACCUAGGGUGGUGGGGGUGUACGCCUCGCCGUCGGUGGAGUACGUCGCAGCCGUCCUCGCCGUGCUCAGGUGCGGGGAGGCGUUCCUGCCACUGGACCCCUCGUGGCCGGAGGACAGGGUCCGGUCAGCUGUCUCUGCCUCUAAUGCGGCGCUACUCGUAUCGGCAGGGGUUUCGCAUGAAGACGAUGUUCUUAAGGGCUGCUCUUGCCCUGUUCUGCGAUUGAACGGAGACAUCCGGCAAGGGUUAUAUGAUGGAGAGGUUGGGAUUGGUGGAGAUGAGCUUGCUUGGCCGUGCGAGCAUGAGAGGCCACGGGAGUUCUGCUAUGUGAUGUUCACGUCUGGUUCUACUGGAAGACCCAAAGGUGUUUGUGGAAUGGAGAAAGGUCUUCUGAAUCGCUUUUUGUGGAUGCAAAGAAGGAAUCCUUUGUGUUCGGAUGAUGUGUUGUUAUUUAAGACAUCUGUCAGCUUUGUUGACCAUCUUCAGGAGUUUCUUUCUGCUGUGUUGACUAGCACAACACUUGUCAUUCCCCCCAAUAAUUGGAGAGCCAAUCCAGCAUCAUUGGCCAACUUGAUUAAGGCAUAUCGUAUAUCAAGGGUGACUAUAGUUCCGUCGCUGAUGGAGAUAAUACUACCUACCCUGGAGAAAAAUAUUUCAUGUGGAUAUAACUCUCUUAAGAUCUUGGUAUUUAGUGGGGAGAUUCUGUCCUUAGUGCUGUGGAAGAGAGUUCGUGAAAUUCUGCCAGAGACUACUAUCAUAAAUUUGUAUGGAACAACAGAGGUUUCUGGUGAUUGUACAUUCUUUGAUUGCAAAGAUCUGCCUGCAAUUUUAGAGCGUGAAGAAAUAACCAGUGUACCGAUUGGAUUUCCUAUUGCUAAUUGUGAAGUUUUUCUUGUGAAGCAUGCUGGGAUUGCAGCUGAAGGUGAAAUUUGUGUUAGUGGAGCAUGUUUAUUCUAUGGUUAUUUAGCUGAGUUUCUGAGGAGUAAUCACACUGAAGGCAGUGAAAGUUCAAAAUACUACAAAACGGGUGACUAUGCUCGACGGCUGAAGGCUGGUGAACUUGUUUUCCUUGGGAGAAGGGACCGUUCUGUAAAAAAUUACGGGCAGCGUUUUUCACUAGAAGAGGUAGAAUCCACCUUAAAGGAACAUCCUGCUGUCAGUGAUGCUGCAGUUACUUUCCAAAGUAAAGGGUCUCCAGAUUAUAAGGCAUACCUGGUGUUUAAGAAUAAGGAUGAAAUUGUGAAAGAUAGCGUGCAGUAUAGAGAAGUAAAUUCUUCUCAAGAUGUCAUGGCAUCAAUUCGAAGUUGGCUCAUCAAGAAGGUUCCACCAGCUAUGAUUCCAAGCUUCUUUCUCCACGUGAAGUCCUUACCUUUGACUUCUUCAGGAAAGGUUGACUAUGUUAAGUUAUCAAGUUUGGAAUGUGCAUUGGAACCAUGUGGAAUUGAGCAAAUUAAGUCUGGAAGUGGUCCAGUUAAUCCAUAUUUACAAGUUAUUAAAAAGGCAUUUUGUGACGCCCUGCUUGUUGAUGAAGUUUCCGAGUUUGAUGAUUUUUUCACCUUGGGUGGUAACUCAAUUUCUGCCGCCCAUGCAGCCCACAAGUUGGAGAUUGACAUGAGACUGCUUUAUAUCUAUCCAACCCCUUCUAUGCUUUUGCACGCUUUAGUUGUGGAGCAUAGUAAUUUGGUUUCUCCUACUGAUGAGCCUCAGCCUAAGAAGGGCCUGAACGUAUCUACAAGCAUACAUGGACUAUUCGACCCGGUUGCUGCAAAUGUGGAUGAUAGUUAUCAUGGAGGCAAAGCACGGAUAAAUGGAAAGCGUGCACAUUAUCAAAUUGCUGGGAGUUACGGAAAUGAAACAGAUGGCCAGCUUAACAAAUAUCCAUUCUCUCCUGAUGACAGAUGCCAGGUAAACGAUCUCUACUUGGAUACAUGCUUGAAGUACAGAAACAGUGUCAUGGGGAGUCAGUGGAUCCUGAACUUUUGUUUACACAAGAAGUGGUCUAUUGGACGUUGCAACAGAUUUAUGCAUGACGAUGAAGGGAAGCUGCAACUUGAAGAUGUUUGCUCACAUGUUUCAUACAACAAAAGAGGUUAUCUUCAGGAACUUUGGAACAUUCCUUUGGAUUCAUGUGUUGAUGCCUCACCUUUGCUUGUCCUGAACAAUGGGAUGAUAAACAUAUUUAUUGGGUCCCAUUCACAUUUAUUUCUCUGCAUCGAUUGUUGCAAUGGUUCAGUGAGGUGGAGUGUCAAAUUGGAAGGACGUGUGGAGUGUUCUGCUGCUAUUACUGGUGAUUUUUCAGAGGUUGUGGUUGGAUGUUAUAAAGGGAAAAUUUACUUUCAUGAUAUGUUGACUGGUAAACUAUCUUGGACAGUUCAAACAGAUGGAGAGGUAAAAAUGCAACCAGUUGUUGACAGGACAAGGAAUUUAAUAUGGUGUGGCUCUUAUGAUCAUCAUUUAUAUGCACUAAAUUACCAAGAUCGUUGCUGCGCUUAUAAAGUAUCUUGUGGUGGAAGCAUCUAUGGUUCUCCUGCUGUGGACAUGGCACACGACAUGAUCUAUGUUGCUUGUACGAGUGGCCUUGUAACUGCAAUAUCCCUUGAGGUUCCAUCAUUCAGAAUAGUUUGGCAAUAUGAAGCUGGGGAAGCAAUUUUCAGUUCUCUUGCCAUCGAUCAUCAAAGUGGAAAUGUUGUUUGUUGCUUGGUGAACGGUCUGGUGAUCGCGUUGAACUCACAUGGCACUGUUGUCUGGAAGGCAACUGUUGGUGGUCCUAUUUUUGCUGGUGCAUGUGUGUCAUCUGCGCUUCCUUCUCAGGUGCUGAUACCUUCCCGUGAUGGAAGUUUAUACUCUUUUGAUAUUACAUCUGGUGAUCUUCUUUGGUCAUAUGACUUCGGCGACCCAAUUACUGCAUCUGCUUUUGUUGAUGAAGUGUUAGCAUCAACACCAUCUGGAACAUCAGAGAGAUUUGCUUGUAUCUGCACAAGUUCUGGGAAGGUCCGUGUCCUUGGGAUUAGAGCUGAUGCUGAGCAGGGGAAAGUUGGUUACUCUGUGCAAGAGUUUGCAGCCAUGGAUCUUCCUGGGGACAUCUUCUCAUCUCCCUUGAUGGUGGGUGGGCGCAUCUUUGUUGGCUGCAGAGAUGAUCGACUACAUUGUCUCUCAAUCACCUGUCAACAAAGAUAUGCAGAAGGUACUGGUGCUUGGGUUCCAAAGGUUGGAUUUCCACGCCAUAAACCUUUGGUUAAGUGCUCGAUAUUCAGUAUCACAAUCAGAUUACAACCUUGGUGCUAUCCCGAGUGUACUGGGUUCAAAAGCGGAAGCAGAGCCAUAAACGGCCCUCGCUCCUUUUCUGCGGAAAAUACACCUUCAAGCUUGGUCGAUGUACUAAUCAGUCUCUUUUUAUGCAUCAGGAUGAUUGUUUUUUCUUAG